AUGCAGCUCAAGCAGACCGUCACCGUGGGAUCGACGAGCACGUUGCACAACAUCCAGCUCUACAGCGGGGACUGGAGCAUCGAGCAGUCCGAGCUGGGCAGCCUCCGCCUGAGCCGCACCUCAGUCUGCUUCAACGGCUCCGUGAUGACGGAGGAGGUGACGGUGACGAUGAAGCAGAAGGAGGACGCACCCCUCCGCGUCCUGACCUCCGUCGUCACCGCCAUCGGGGACGACAACGAGCACAUCCUCCAGCACCACCACAUCAACCAGCAGCUGCAGCGGCACGUGGCGGUCGGCUCGCCCGACUACGUCUCGCGCAUCCUCGGCUUCGACAAGCCCAUCAUGACCUACAACAGCAUCACCGCCAGGGGGGACCUGCGAAGCGUCCCGGCCAUGGACAUCGCGACCCACUCCCUCGCCGAGUUCAGGAGCAACUGCAAGGUGCACAGCAUGCCGUUCAAGGACGAGGCGCUGGAGCUGAUGCAGAGGGAGAUGGAGAGGAUCACGGCUUCACCCUUGAGGACCGCCCCCUGCUCAAGGUGA